AUGGAGAUGCCAUCAACACUGCAACAAAAAAGAGAUAGUGGUUACGCAGCCACAUUGGAUAUUCCUUCCCAUCUACAACAUAUCGACGACGCAUAUAAGGGUGAUGUGUCAAAUGCUAUUGAAAUUCUCACGGAAGAAGAGGAGGAAUAUGAUACUGGCAAUAUGAAAAAAUUUAAGCCCAAAUCUAUUUCCACAGCGAUACCCACACCACCUCCAACACCAGUAUCCCCGCAUACUUCCCCACACUUUUCCAAAGUCUCUUUUGGAGGUUAUGGCAACGUGGCACCGUCACACAGAGAAAAACAAGACAUAAUUGAUAAUUCGUCUGCAUCGUCAGCAUCGUCAAGUGAAGCUUAUCCACAUGGCGGAGUCUUUACUGAGAGUCCUCGUUCUAGUCUUGAUAGUCCUCAUCCUCGGGUAGUUGUCAAUAGUACAUUCGGGCCUAGGCCUACGCGCGAUCCAAAUGGGCCCCUUCGUCGUCCCACGAUUAUUAUUCCGCAGAAGAUUGAUUCAGAAGUGAGACGUGGCGAGAAGGAGGCAUAUCGUUUCGAGACCAAUACUUUGAUUUUGAUUGUCGGGAUUAGCUCUUAUAUAAUCGGGACGUUCGGACUUGGAGUGAUCGCGCUAGCAUUUGUACUUUAUCAAGCCUAUGGAUACCACCAUAAUCGACUGGAUGUAAUACGCGAGAAUACGAUAUGGGAGAUUCAACAUGACUCAGUCGCACGUGAAAGGCUACGCUUUAACAAAGGAGAGACUGUCGACUGGUUGAAUCAGUUAAUACAGCAGAUAUGGAAGAGCUUGGACCCUAAACUCUUAAUUGGUGUGAGAGAUAUGAUCGAAGACACAAUGAAUCGCAGUGCCCCUGCAUUUGUGGCAGCAGCUGAUGUUGAUUGUCUUGAACUUGGCCAGAUUGCGCCGCGGAUAGAUAGCAUUAAAAUCUUUGGUACUGAAGAAUAUGAAGCAGAAGACGUAUUGAUUGGAGAAGCCAGUUUCUCGUUUCGGACGUCACAAUCAACAGCCACCGAUGGUACCUCUCCACCUCACAUUUCAAUAUGGAUUAAAACUGGAAUAAACAUGAUGAUACCGAUUAAAGUAGAGUUCUUGGGCUUAGCCGCCAGUGUAAGAUUUGAGAUUGUCACGACUGGAACUGCUCCUUUCCUUCACUCUGGAAGAUUUAGUUUUAUUACUACUCCAGUAUGUGAAACUAGUAUCAAUGCAUUAGUGCCUAUUAAUCUUACUCAGUUUCCGAUACUCAAACAAUUUAUAAAGGACAGUCUGAACGCCGUAUUGAGUCAAUUUACAUAUCCGAAUGCCUCAUUUGUCAAUUUAACCGAAAUACUCACCAACGAUGGUGUCCCGCAUGAUACACAAUCGAUUGGGAUCGUGAGAAUAGAUGUUGAGGAAGCAGUUGAUCUGGCUAAAGAAGAUAUAAGUGGAGAGAAUGAUCCAUAUGUUACUAUAUCUUUGGAUCCAGCGCCAUAUUCCCAUGCAGUUGCAACCACGCGUUUCAUUGAGAAUGCGGCCCAUCCGAAAUGGAGGGAGACUCACUUUCUCAAAAUACCUCAACUCGACCUUCUAUCUGAGCACAUAAAACUCAAACUCAGUGUAUGGGAUUGGGAUAGAUUUAGUGCGGAUGAUCAUAUCGGCUCUGUAUGGCAUGAUUUAAAAGAAGUAGUUGGAAACGGCGAAGAUGAGAAGGCGAUACAUGAAGGAUGGACAGAUAUAUAUCUGCAACCUAACGAUAGGAAAAACCGAGGGCGACUGAAAUACAAUAUUCGAUAUUAUCCCAAACUGAAGAGCCAGCCGGAUGAUGAGCAGACUUCCGGUAUAUUUGGAAUACUAAUACACCAGGGCAUGGGCUUGCAGGUGACAGCACCACCAUAUAAUCAAGACGUAUCAGACCUAAGUUCGAUAGGAAAUACGGCUGCGUCUCCCUAUCCCAAUCCAUAUGCUGUUGUAUAUGUUAACGAUAAGAAAGUAUUCAAGACAAGAUCCAAAUUACAAAAUAUCGCUCCAUAUUGGAAUGCCACCACUGAGCAGUUUGUCCCUGAUUGGAAAUCAGCCACUGUUCGCAUAGUUAUCAAAAAUCAAAAAGACUUGGAGUAUGAUCCCGUCAUUGGCAUUGUAACCAUUCGGUUAAAAGACCUCUUCGAAGGCAGACCAAAGAUGGAACUUACUAAAUGGUACCCUUUACGAUCCGGAAUUGGGUGUGGUAAAGUACAACUCAGUUUUCUCUUUAAACCAAUCAGCAUAAGACUAGCACCUGAAGAGAAAGGAUUCAAUGUGGGAACGUUAUCAGUGAAGUCUAUUUCAGCUCAUGACUUGGAUGACAAGAUACUCAAUUCGCGCAUAUGCCUGGCUUAUGAUAUCGACCAGCCGCGUAUGGAAGAACGCAGGACAGCCAUUACCAAAGGCACCUCCGCUUCGUGGGACGAAGAAACGCAGUUCGCCGUAUUCCAGCGCAACCGAACAUUUAUCACGUUCCGCCUAAUCAGACGAGGUCUGUUCGGUAUGAUGACUCCAAUAAGCAAGGGUGAAUAUCCUCUACGCAAUCUGCAAAACUGCGUCAAUCGUGAAGUGGAUAUUCCCUUAUUUAACAUGAUGCCAGGCCACAUACACGACACGGUGACUGACGAUACAAGUAGUCAGGUCUGUGGUCGGCUUCGGUUUACUCUCCACUUUUAUCCUGGAUUCGCCCCUAUUCAUGAGCGUGAAAUAGAAAGAAGCUUAACUGGUGUCGAGGCAAGUAUUCUAAAAAAUAAUCUUGCUAGGACGAUCGAACAAGAAUCAGUUAACGCCCCAGAGGACGAAGAGGCCUUCCAUGUCGGAAAAGAGAGGAGAUUACACAAGAUUCAUCAAAAGAAAUACAUAAGACAAUUACAAUUUGUGAGCGACGAGAUGAUGGACAAGUUACAUGCUGUUACUAGACAAAAAGAUUGGGAUGAUUAUCGGGAGGUUGUCGAGAGAGAGGCGUGA